GAUUUUCUGAACUUCGAAUUUCUGUGAGCACGCAGCUGUUGCGUCGAACUCUGACGGGACGUGAGAAUUCUUCGAGAAUGCACUUACGGGUUUGAGGAGUCCCCCGAUGUUCUCUCUGUGAUCAUCAGCGAUUGAGUUCUUGAUAAUGGUGAUAAUGUUCAACGAUGUCUCAGGUCUAUGAGGAGUUGGCUCUGAAAAGCAGACGUCUUCAGAAGUUGUUCGGUGAGAUCGAGCAACAAUUCGAUCAGCCGGAUGUGACCUCAGUGGAAUCCUUCCGACUCACCGAGAGUUUAGGCGUCAAAAUCGACGUGACUUCAAAGGAGCCGCUCAUCGUCAGCAGCGUCCUGCAGCAAGCGAAGUAUUCCACCGAAAAUGGAGCAUUAACGGCUCAGAUAAAAUCUCUGAAGGAAUCAUCUCCAAUCGGGGUCAGCGUCGGAAACUCGCCGGCGGGCGUCCUCAGACCCAGUCAGCUGCAUAAGAAAGUUCUUCCGGAGCUGCUUAAAGCCGAUCUGUGGAACCGCGCUAUUCUCGAGAAAGGAAAGCUGGCUGAGGUCCUGGCUCUAGUCAGUGGGUACAAGCAAGUGGAAAAAGACGGAGUCAAAUAUUUCUUCGAUGAGGAUCUCGAUUGGCUGAUCCAGGAGGACGCGAACGCUGUCACCGUCUACGGAAAGUCUGAGAAGUACGGUCUCCUCAAAGAAGUUCGAGAAAAGAUCGCAACGGGGAACCCGGCGAACGCAUUCGAAUCUCUACGAACUUGCCUAGCCGCCGAGAUCGAUCUCCUUGAGAGAGCGCUCUCUUCACCCUCAUUCACGCAUCAGCGUCGAGAGCUCAUGUCACUCGAGCUAGCGACCGACACCAUUGCCGCGGAGUUCCUAGAUUGACU